GACUAAAAAAACAUCUGAUACAUUCUUUUCCUUCUUGCCAGUGAGAUAUAAUUUUACAAUCACAACACUCAUAUUUAUAUGAGAGAAAAAGUCACACACUCUUUUCAGUCAUCGUCUCCUCCCAUCUCCCAUCUCCAUCUCCAUCCCCAUCCCCAUCUCGAUCACCAGUCGCCAGUCACCAGUCGCUCACUCACACACUCUCUCACUCUCUCGCGCUCUCGCUCACUUCCUCAUUUUACCCAUCUAUCCACCUCCACCCCUUUCUUCCGAAAAAGUACUUUGUACUCUUGUUUCAAUUUCACUUUGUACAUACUUAUUCCAUAUUUCACGACUUUCACGAUAACCUGGUUUGCGCUUAACUUUCAACGGCUGCCGUCCAGCAUUGCAUUUACCACCCACGUUUCCUUGAAACAUCAAACAUCCGAUCUCCGUGCGCGCGUCCAUUUCUCCUCUGCCUGUCGGCCUGCUUUGCUAUUUGACAAAGUGUGACGGCUUGUUUGUGAACAUUCAUCGACUGGUCUCAUCGAAUUGUGCAACCAGUAAUAAAUUGUCUCUCGGGUUACACUCAUAGGGGGUGGUUCUGCUUUGGGAAUUCUUCCACCUCGGGUCAUCCAAAUCUGUUUGUGUGUGAGAAGAGAAACUCAAGGGCAUAGACUGAAGGUUGAUUUUUUUCCUUUUGUGUUUAAUUGCAGUGGAGUGAACCAAUUUUUGAACAGAGGUUGGGGUGCCUUGAUUGUCAUUCCGACCUAUUUACCUGAUUGCAACGCGACGACGCUCGUUCUCGAGACUUCGAGGCCAGAAUGGAACCCACCCUGAAUCGAGUUGAAGUGGAGGAAAGAGUACACCAGGAGGGACAGGCUAUGCAGCAUGAUUCGAUGGUCACAGUGCGACUUUCCGAGCCGCCAAUUUUGACACUCGACACGAAGAGACAUUCCGACAAGAUCAUCACAAAUGAGGAAUUGGAGACGGGCGAGGAGAUAAUUACGCCUACCGACAAAAGGCAGACGAUAAUGAGCAUAAUGGAUGUAACAGGGAAGGACACGGAAACGGGCACUCUGGAAGACUCGCCGAGAAUUACAAUGGUAGAUCCAAAUGGCAAUGAAGUGCCCACGCCUACAGGUUCGGAAUCAGCAGAGUCGGAACAAAAUGGUUCGAGGAGGGCAAGCGAUAGCUCUGAUACAUCAGUAGAGGAGGUCAAUUGGGAGGAAUUAGAGAAGACAGAGGAACAACAGCCGCGAAACCAGGAAUCCGAUGGUUCCACAGCUUUGCUGCUAGCCAGGCUAGAGCAAGAAAACAAUGCCAUCGCCUCCAACCCGAAGUCUGGCAUCGCAAAAGUUCAGAAGGUUGAGAAACAACGAGCUCGAGCUCAAUCCAGGCCACCAUCUAUGCAACAUCUCAAAAAAUUGGUUAAUGGCCCUACACCUUCAGCCCUUCGGUACUCCGUCACCCCUCCGCCCCCUAUGACCGACCUCGAAUUUUACGCCGCACUCGUACAAGACUACCCUAGAACUGCUCAAUAUUUGCCUACGCUAUUGUCGAAGAAGAUUAGAAGUGGUAUCCCCCCGCCAUUGCGAGGUGUAGUGUGGCAGAGUAUGUCAGGAGCCCGCGACAGGCUAUUGGAGGAGCAAUUCGAUAGACUCUGUGGCGAGUCAAGUCCAUAUGAAGGAAUUAUUGGCAAAGAUUUGGGGCGAAGCUUUCCCGGUGUAGAGAUGUUUCGUGAUCCAGAGGGAGAUGGGCAGCGCAUGUUGGGAAGAGUCCUCAAAUGCUUCAGUUUAUAUGACCAUAAGAUUGGGUAUUGUCAAGGCUUGGGAUUUCUUGUUGGGCCUUUAUUGAUGCACAUGGGGGAUAAGCAAGCAUUCUGUGUGCUCGUACGUCUCAUGGAACAUUAUGACCUACGAAAUUGCUUCCUUCCUGAUCUCUCCGGUCUCCACGUUCGAAUACACCAAUUUCGAGAAUUGCUAAAAUUGCAUCUACCGGCUCUAUCUACACAUCUUGAUGUUUUACAAGUCGAACCUGCAUACGUUUCUCAGUGGUUCCUAUCAUUUUUUGCUACCACUUGUCCUUUGCCGAUGCUUUUCCGAAUCUACGAUGUUAUAUUUGCAGAAGGUGCUUCAGAAACUAUCAUGCGAGUUGCUCUAUCAUUGAUGAGAAAAAAUGAAACCAAAAUCUUGUCUUGUACAGAAUUCGAGGAUGUAAUGCAAUUACUUCUCUCCAGGGGGUUGUGGGAUGUUUAUCAUUACAAUGCCGAUGAAUUUGUCAAUGAUUUUGUUAGUCUGACAGGGAUUGUAACACACGAAAGCCUUCAGAAUUUAGAAGCGGGCUAUCGGGAGUCUCAGAUUGUUGACACUGCUAUUCCAUCUGAUGUGGGGUCAGCAGCCUCACGAUUUCUCGGACGAUUAUGGGCUGGCUCAAAUUCGUCAACAAAAUCGGCCAAUCUCACUCCCAGCCCAGGGCUUAGCGCCCCAUCACGACCCGUCAGUUUCUUGAGAAGAUCCCCUUCAAAGCAGAGUUUAGCUUCCACAUUAAAUUCUAUAGAGGGUAGCGGAUCUGAAAGUAUGCUGAGCACUUCAACGGAUGCGACCAGCGUCUCUCGUGAUUCCGCGACUGCUGAUGGCGCCUCAAUUCGGGCCCAAUCGUUUGCUAGUGUCAGUGCAGCGAAAACCCCAGUCAACAAAGAUAAAAAUUUGCAUACUCAAAUUGAAGAUCUUUUGAUGGCUCUGAGUGAGAUGCAACGAGAUCAUGCUAUACUUGCCACAGAAUUGCAAAGAGAGAGGGAGGAACGUGAAGAAGAUAGGACUGCUGUGCAGCCACUGAUCGAUGCAUUGAGGAGGAAAACCAGUGAGGAAGGAGUAGAAAACUCUGAGAGUGACGUCAGUGUUGAAACAGUCAAGGGAAUGGACGCAAUUGCAGAGGAAGCGAGUCUAGAUGGAGUGUCCAGAGACGAGCAGCCGACGACAUCCAACGUUGUUGAUGAGUCGGAGAUUAAUGAAGCCACCGCUCUCCCCAUUACUACCGAAGAUAUUUCUAGUCUACUUGAUAUUGUGGAAGAUCGUUUCCUGAACCCCGUCGAGAAUCGGAGAUCUUCUAUGAUGUUGACAAGAUCUCAACUUCGGGAAGAACUCGAUCGAUCGAAAGAACAGCUCCUCAUCGAGGCAUCGAGGUCUCAAGAAUUGAGCAGGCGGAUCGUUGAGCAAGACCAAGAAAUUAGUAAUCUGCGAGAUCAAAUCAGGGAAACCCAAGCUCAUGUACGAAAUUCACAUCAAGACAGACAACGAUUGGAGAAACAAGUACAUGACUUGCGGAAUUCAAGGAAGAGUGCCCAGUCGACACCGGAUGGGUCAAGAGAUCAUGAAAUUGAGUGGGGUGUCAAAAGUGCAACUACAGGAGGACUUCGAGAAUUGAAACUUGUUCGCUCAAAUUCCAACCGUUCAGUGGCCACAACUUACAAUAAACGAAGUUCAAGCCUUAUAUCUCCGCAGAAUCUCAGAGAGAAUGAUAAUCCUCGCGCCUCUACAUCGUCUGAACAGCAGCAUUCUCCCAGGGAAGACGUAGAUUCCGAUGCAUUGCUUCUAAAACUUGUACAGGCAAAAACUGCUGAAGCGGUUGCUAAACAAGAAGCAGAGGAAUCCAAGCUUAAAUUAGAGAGCUUGAAGAAGAUGUUGGCUGGAUUACAAAAUGCUGAAUUGCCAACCACGGCGUUUGGACACAUGACAAAACCUAGUCUUGAUAGAUCGAUGACAACUAUACCUGCGAAAGGUAUUGCUCCCAAGAUUGAAACACCAAGCGCGCCAGCUAGUGUACCAGCUACAGCUAGCGGUGGUGGGUUCUGGGGAUGGGGAAAGAAAGCCGCGGUUAGUACUGAGGGGAAAUAAAUAUUUACUGAUGUGAAGUUUUUUUGGUGUGGAUGUUUGAGAUGUUGAGAUGUUGGGAUAUGAUACGUGUUGUUUAAAGCAUUGGAGGAUAUGAAGGAUGGGAAGAAUUGAUGAGAACGAAUUGAACAAUUGCAGGAGGUUCUGUUUUUGCUUAAGCUUGCUAAUUUUUGUUUGUACUUGCUUUUGCUCUUUUUGUACAUUUCUUCGACGCGAUUUUUUGACUUUACAAGCAAAAUACCCGAGAGUGCGUUGCCUUAUGUAUAUGGCUCUUUUAUAUUAGUAAAGGGGCUUGUGGAUGUAGGUUUAUUGUUUAUUGGUGAAAGCGGGGGUUGGGUGUUUAUAGAAAGGACUUGGAGCUCUGAGAUCAGAAGGGGGAAAGGGGGGGAGUAUUUUGCAUGGGAUGUAUAGUGGAUGGUGGAUGGUUGGUGAAGUGUGGAAAGGGUUAGGGAUGUAAAAGAAGAAAAGACUGAGGGGCUUUAUAAGUGAGGACUAGGUGUGGAUAGGUGAGUGGAAGAAAGAUAGGAAUGGAAUUGAAUGGAGAUGAAUCCUAUAUAAUGGUUUUA